AUGGAGCAUGCAUACGAUCAGAUUACUGGAGUAGAGGGCGCAAUGUGGCAACGGCUAUCGCGCAGCAAGAGUCGUCAGGAGGCUCGCUAUAUCGAUCGCUCGGCAGGCGCAGGCGAUGCCGGUGGGAUAAAAGCUGCUGCAGCGCGUCUGGAAUUUGCAGGCUCUCGUCUCCCCACUAACCAACACAACUACCAACCCACAACCAACCUAUCGCUAUCAUGUCCAGCAACGCUUGCGGAUCUUCGUCGUGCGGCUGCGGCUCUUCCUGCCAGUGCAAGCCCGGCGAGUGCAAGUGCUGAACGGACCGAUGCAUGUCAUCCUACCUUGAUCCAUCUGUACCUCUGUAUCAUGUCGUUGUACGAUGAUUGA